AUGGUAAGCAAGGUUAAUGCAGCUAGCCAGGAAAAUCUUAUUGCUCCCAAACCAGAGGUUGUGGUUGGUAUUGAGAUACAAGAGAACAGAGGAGUUGAAAUUCAGAUUAAUGAGCCUAGUAAAAAGGUUGCAGCUCAGGCUACUCCCAAGACAUGGUCCUCGGUGGCCACAGAGCAAAAGCUUAUAGCUAAGGGUAUGUCGUUGAAAUUAAUAGUACCUAGUAUAUAUAAUGGUAGAAAUGUUGCGAAAAUUGAUAAAUCUGAAGUAGAAAAAUUGUCUGAUAUUUGGGCUAAUGAUGUGGUUGAUUCUAUGGAAGAUAGGAAUGCGAUCCUUUGUGCUGGGCCCAAUCCUCUGAAUAAUAGACAUAUUAUAGUAAAGGCAUGGACAACCAAAUUUAAUUUUCAUGAAGAAAUCAUGAGGCUGGUACCUUUGUGGGUUAGAUUUCCAAAUCUCCCUCUGAAUUGUUGGGGACCUGAGACUGUGAGUAGUAUAGGAAGCAUAAUAGGAGUCUCAUUGUUUGUUGAUGAGUGCACUACUAGACUGAUGAGAGUGUCUUAUGCACGUCUCCUUGUUGAGUUUGAUGUGACAAAACUUGUGCCUAGAACAAUACAUAUCAAAGAUUAUAAUGGGAACAUUAUUGAACAAAAGGUUCAGUAUGAUUGGGUCCCUCUUUUUGCCAAAAAUGCUAAACAAUAA